CUUGAUUGUGAACGCGCCCUACAUACAUUUGGCGCGGUACGGAGAACAGUUUGUUGUUUGGUUUGGCAAAUAUAGCGGCAAUGGGUGAUAAGGAUGGAGAAACCUUUGAUGAUGCUGUGGAGGAGAGAGUUAUUAAUGAGGAAUAUAAGAUCUGGAAGAAAAAUACACCUUUCUUAUAUGAUCUUGUGAUGACUCAUGCUUUAGAAUGGCCAUCGCUGACUGCUCAAUGGUUGCCAGAUGUGACAAGACCUGAAGGAAAAGACUAUUCUGUACAUAGACUGAUUCUUGGCACACAUACAUCUGAUGAGCAGAAUCAUUUGCUCAUUGCUAGUGUUCAGUUGCCAAAUGAAGAUGCACAGUUUGAUGCAUCACAUUACGACAAUGAGAAAGGAGAGUUUGGAGGCUUUGGAUCAGUGAGUGGUAAAAUAGAAAUUGAAAUAAAAAUUAACCAUGAAGGAGAAGUAAACAGAGCUCGUUUUAUGCCCCAGAAUCCAUGUGUAAUAGCAACAAAAACACCAUCAAGUGAUGUUCUGGUAUUUGAUUACACGAAACAUCCUUCCAAACCUGACCCAAGUGGCGAAUGUCAUCCAGAUUUGAGACUUCGUGGACAUCAGAAAGAAGGUUAUGGCCUGUCAUGGAAUCCUAAUCUCAAUGGAUAUCUGUUAAGUGCUUCUGAUGAUCAUACAAUAUGUCUGUGGGAUAUAAAUGCAACUCCUAAAGAGAACCGCAUAAUUGAUGCCAAAACAAUUUUUACUGGACACACAGCUGUAGUAGAGGAUGUGGCUUGGCAUUUACUCCACGAGUCACUUUUUGGAUCUGUAGCUGAUGACCAAAAAUUAAUGAUUUGGGAUACUAGGUGCAACAACACAAGCAAACCUUCGCAUACAGUGGAUGCUCACACAGCAGAAGUGAACUGUCUGUCUUUCAAUCCAUAUUCAGAAUUUAUAUUGGCUACGGGCAGUGCUGACAAGACUGUGGCUUUGUGGGAUCUCCGAAAUCUCAAACUUAAGCUUCAUUCAUUUGAAUCUCACAAGGAUGAAAUAUUCCAGGUUCAGUGGUCUCCUCAUAAUGAGACAAUCCUGGCUUCAAGUGGAACAGAUAGAAGGCUGCAUGUUUGGGACUUAAGUAAGAUUGGAGAGGAACAGUCUGGCGAGGACGCCGAAGACGGACCUCCAGAACUUUUGUUCAUUCAUGGUGGACACACUGCCAAGAUAUCAGAUUUCUCUUGGAACCCAAAUGAGCCAUGGGUAAUUUGCUCAGUUUCUGAGGAUAACAUUAUGCAGGUGUGGCAGAUGGCUGAAAAUAUUUAUAAUGAUGAAGAACCUGAAGCAGCCGCAGCAGAACUUGAGCCUGGUGCAUCAUAAUUAUAUUCUCUGGAACUGUGGGCACAUCUGAUGGUAACUUCCUGUAUUAGGAAGUAACAGGAAGCAGAGUUUUUAUACAAACAUCCGUAUGUUAUCACACUUCAAUUGUUUUUUUUUUUUUACAAUACUAUUUUUUGCAGUCUUACUGUGUGUAUGUUGACUGUUUGAAAACUGUGUACUUGCAGCUUAUUUCCAUGUAAGGCUAACAGUGACAGUAGGGAGUGUUAAUUUUUAAUAUGAAUGCCGUAAUAGAGAACACUUAACUGUACCUGUCAGGCUGGCCUUUGUUUCAUAAUUUGAAUACUCUCCUAUACAAUGUUGACAUACGCUGCUCAGAUUUAUUGAUGGUUUUUGUGUCCCUUUAAAAGAACAGGCUGAAACUGGACCAAUGAAAUUUAUUUGCUUGUGUCAGUGUGUGAGAGAAAGAAACGGAAUUUUUGGAAAAGGGCAAUAUAUUAUUUUAAUAUUGUCGUAUAUGUAAAAUACUGAUUGUGAACAAGGACUUUGUAAUAAGAAGUUGUGGUUAAAAACACAUUUACAAAAUGUGAAUGUGAAUGUGUGUGUGUGUGUGUGUGUGUGUGUGUGUGUGUGUGUGUGUGUAGGUUGAUACCGAUCAUGAAUCACACUUCAAAUUAUGAUUGUAAUUUGUCUAUGCUUUGUAUCCAUUUGGCUAAUUGUAGCAGGAUGGAUAAAUUAUUUAUAAUUAUGAUGGUAGUGAGGAAUCAGUCUUCCUUAUCAGAGAUACCAGGACUGUAAAAGACUGGAAAAUUGAUGUCUGUCUGCAAAUAAAUCAAGAUACAAUUCACAAUGAAUUCUUCAAGAUAGCAAUUUUAAGCUGCUGGGAAAGAAAGUAAGAAUACUGCUGCCAUCAUACACUGAUUUGUUGUUCAGUAAAUUUUCUUACUGGCAGACAAGACUGAAAACAUAUCUCCAGAAACUGAAGUCUGUUGUGGGUCACAUGUAUUGACAUCCUGAGAUUGUUCAAGGAUUAAAGCCUUGCAUAGUAUUAUUAGCAUGAAGUAAUUUAUGACCUAUAAUUCAUACUUGUGAAUAGUUUAAAUGUGAUCUACAAUCAAUCACUGCAAAAAGGAAAACUACCUGAAGAAAGAAAGCUACAUGCUGAAAAUUACCUGAAGUUAAUUUAUAAUAAAAUUUGAAGGAAAAGUUAAUUUUGGUCAUAUUAAAUUCAAUGAAAUAUAAAGUACUUGGAGGACAACACGAAAGUUGCUACUAACAAGAAGAAAACACUGUUUGUUCCAGAGGGGGCAAUUUCAUCGAAGAUACAAACUGUCAUCGAACUGAAAUGAGUUUAUGGUAAAAAUUUGUUUAAUUAUAAGGUUUAUUUUAGUAUACAUGAAAUUAACACUGAAACAUUUUAAGUAAUAAUGCGUUUGUAAAUAUGAAAAUGUACUCGUAAGUUACAGCAUUAAAAUUUUUCAACCAUUGUGUAUAA